AUGGCACCGCCGCGUCGCUACCUGGCUGCGUUGCUCGCCCUGCUAUGCGCGUGCACCACCACGGCGCCGCUGGCCUCCGUGGCGGCCGCGAACGUGCCGAUCACUACGUGCCGGUCGUUCUGCGGCAACAUCACGGUGGACUACCCGUUCGCGCUGCACCCCGGGUGCGGCCACGCGGGACUGCGCGACCUCCUCUUCUGCAUCAACGGCGCGCUGAUGCUCCACCUCCCCUCGGGCUCCUACCGCGUCCUCGACGUGGACUACGCCUACCGGGGCCUCACCCUGCACGACCCGGCCAUGUCCGACUGCCGCGCGCUCGACCUCACCCCGGCGGGGCGGGCCAACGGCUUCGUCCUCGAGCCGUGGCGGGAGUCGUACCUGUCGCCGGACCCGGACAACGUGUUCCUCCUCCUCAGCUGCCGCGCCACCUCGCCGCUCUUCCAGGGCUUCCCCGACCGCCACCUCCCCUGCCGGAACGUGUCCGGGAUGGGGUGCGGCGACUACCUCGGCUGCGCCGCCUGGGACGACUACUACGCCGGCGGCGGGCGGCGCCCGUCGGGCGACGCCGCGUAUGGCACUGGCACGGCCGCGGGGCAGCCGCCCGAGUGCUGCGCGGUGCCCUGGGCCGCCAUCCGAGCGGUGAACGUGAGCCGGCUCGAGUGCGAGGGGUACAGCAGCGCGUACAGCCUCGCGCCCGUGCGCGCCGAGGGCGGCGCCGCGGGGUGGGCGUACGGGAUCCGGGUGUCGUGGACGCUGCCCGAGUCCAACCGCGGCUUCUGCGGCGCGUGCCGCGCCACGGGCGGGGCGUGCGGCCAUGACAUGGAGAGCCAUGCCGACCUGUGCCUCUGCGGGGACUGGAACUCCACCUCGAACUGCGACUCCUCGGCCGACGCAGCACGGUCGGACGCCGCCGACACGCCGCGCGCUGUCGCCGCGCUUCGCUGGGCCAUCCUCGCCUCAGGAUUGACGUCGCUAUGGUACUACGCGUCGAGAUCAAAUCUGUGA